AUGGCAAGUACACCUCAUUUCACUACAUUGAUCCCAGCAUCGUCAACGCUAAUAACACAAUUAUCAGUAUUAUCUAGAAUAUCAUCAACACCUACUUCAAAUAAUAUCGCUAGUGCUACGCAGAUUCUACUACCAAAACUGGCAGGAGAUGCAGCUCACGAAGGGAAACAAACGUCGGGGAGAACAAUAGGUCUUUCCAUUGGACUACCAGUGGGAAUCUUCUGUCUUGGUUUAUUGUUGUUCCUAUGUUAUUUUUAUUUGAAGAAAAAAAUUAUCUUAGAUUCUAAUGCUCCAAUAUCUCCUGAUAUGGAUUUCCAUAACGAUAAGAAUUCAUAUUAUCAUGAAAGGAAUGAACAAUUCUCUUCAAACAAUUGGUUUACUAAUUUAAUAUAUUCAAACGGAAAGGUUGCCAAGAGUAGAAAUCCAUAUUUAAACUCGAAAGAUGAGGAACUAGGAAAUUAUCAUCAUCAAUAUAGUGACCGCAUCCAUCAAGAUGAUAUUGAUUGGCAACUAGGCUGUUCAAUGAAUUCAAAAAUACAGUACAAAAUAUCAGCACCAAUGCCAAAACCAGAACAUAUUCUAACACCCAAAAAGACCGUUACCACAUCGCAAUUGAUGAGAAAUUCUUUAAAGGAAAAAUAUGAAAAUAUCUCUACUUCCAAUGACAAUGAUGACACGAUAAAUACAUUGCUUUAUUCCAAGCCUCCUAAUAUAUUCCAUUUGGGAUCUGGUCUCUCAAAUCCAUCACCAUCAUCAACUACCACUAAGAACCAUGGAAGCACGUCUAAUAAGAAAACUAAGAAACAAUGGAAGUAUGAGUCCCCUUUAUCUAGUUGGUUUUUAAGAAAUUCUACGUAUUUUAAAGAAUUAAAUCCUUCAUCAACAUCAGGGAAAAUUCCAUGUUCUACCAAUUCAUCUCAUUCAAAUUCGUCUUCAUUCCCAUUCCAUCUUGAAAAUAGCAUCAAAACUCGAUUUAAUGAUUCAAUAAAAUCACCAGCAGUCCAACUAAAAAAACUAAAAAUCCUAUCACGUACCACCAAGAACAAUAAUAAUACCAAUACAACUACAACCACAACCACAACUCCAGCGAUACUCAGAUCAAAUACAUUACUACAUCAUCAUUCAUAUUUUGCAGAAGAAAUAUUCCCACAAAAAGAAUUGAAUGAAUCAUCCCCAAUCUUAGAAAAAUUCCGAGACUCCAUAUUAUACCCAAACGAUAAUAGUAAUCUUAACACCACACCAUCGACAUUAGGACCGUCAUCAACAUUAAAUAAUGAAUCAGUACAACGACCAAGCUCAGCCGUCUAUGGGACCAUUGGACCUCAAUUCCUAGAUAAGAAUGAUGAUUCGUGCAUGAAAAUACCACUCAAUGACCAUAGUAACCAUAACGUCCCAGUAAAGAUUGAUUCACAUAUUGAUCCAGGGAAAAAUAAAAAGAAAAGGAAAAAAAGAAGACAAAGUAAAUUACGUAAACAUAUCGAAUACGUAAGUAAUUUUAAACCAUUACCUAACGUGCCCUCUUCCUCUUCUUCGUCGGAUGAUUAUGGCAUGAAAUUGAAUGCAAUUUAUAAAGUUAUCCAACGAUAUGACGCGAAAUUGGCUGAUGAAAUUAAUAUUACCAUUGGUGAAUAUGUGAAAGUGUUGGCUAGUCAUUCUGAUGGUUGGUGUCUUGUUGAGAAAUGUGAUGUGGAUGGUAAUGAAACGUAUAUAGAUAAUAACGAUAAUGAGGACAAAGUUGAAAUGGCUGCCGAUGCUUUAUAUUCACCUGACCAUUAUUUGAAUGAUAAUAGAGGGAUUGUCCCAGGAGAUUGCUUAAUUGAUAUUUAA